AUGUCAUAUGUAUAUGAUCCAACAAAACCUGUUACUUCUAGUCCUAGUAUUGCAUCCAUAUUAAGACCAUCCAGACAAAUUCUUUACUGGAGUAACAAUUCAACUGCAACCAUUUUGUAUGUUGCAACAUCAAUUAAAAAUAAGAUUAAAUUAAAUGGUAAGUUAGCUGGAACUGGAUUGAGGGAAAUUGAACAGGGCUUAGCAUUAAAUUUUUUUGGGAGUGAAGGAAGGGUAGAAAAAGAUAUGACUAUCAUUUGGAAUGCAAAUUUAAUUUUAUAUGAAGUAAAUGUAUUGGGAAAAUUUGUGAAAAAUACUGAUGUAUUGUUUCCAGGAGUUUCAGCAAAAAGAACACUUGCAGAGAUGGAAGAAGUUAUCGAAUAUGUAUUUGAUGCAAAAAUUUGUAGAUUUGAAGAAGUGACACAUAUUCGAGGUCCACAACUUGUAAAUAAUAAACUUGGUCCUAACAACUCUCAUGAACCCUUUGCAUUCUUGGAAAAUAAAGGAAAGCCUGAUGAAAUAUAUCACCAUGUAGAUUGUUGUCUUCUUGUAGAUACAAAGGGUGCAUGUGAAAAUUGUAAAAAGUUAAAGAAAACUAUGUUAAAAAUACAUGAUAGAUCUCUUGCUGGUACAAAAUCUGCUAUUAAAAAAUCCAAUAAAAUUAUAGAAACAUUGCAAGAUCAUCUGAAAAAGAAAGUGGAGGAUGAAGAAGAGGGAGUGUCAGAAGAAAUGGCAAAUAUUGUUGAAAAAGUUGCCACAGAUAUUUCAAACAGUACAACAGAUAUUUCAUCGCUUAAUCCCAUUUUUCAAGAACUUAUUCGUAUACAAUGUGGGAAAUCAAAAGGAACAAGAUAUCACCCUAUCCAUGGAGGUAAUGCAGCUUAUAGUACUUUGAAGGGGAUAAUGUGUCUGCCAUCAGUUUCAACCCUCAAGAGCUAUAUAAAUGAAUGUGAACAAAAGUCUGGUUGGCAAGAUAAGACAGCAUAUCAAAUGCUAUGUAGUUUAUCAUUAGAAAAUGUAUGGGGUUAUGGCCAAUAUGGAUUUUUUUCUCAUGAUUCUUUCAAAAUCCAAAAAGAAUGUUCUGAUACUGAUGGUUCAUCUGUUGCUGUUAUUUCUUAUAUUGAUAUAAUUUUACAAACUUUAGAGAAAGAGGAAUUAAUUAAUGUGGUUGUAGGCUUCUUGAUGGAUUCUGAUAGUGACGAUGAGACCUUUUGGAAACAAACAGUUGCAAAUAGCAAAAUGGCAAGACGUCAAAGCACGCUUAAUCUUUUUGCAGGAAUUGAGGCGAACCCCAACACAUCAUCCCCUUAUUUUACAGCAGUAGGACGAUUUACACUUCAAGAUCUUAUAUUAUCACGUUUACGAUCAUCUUCACAAUCAACUGUUAUUGCUGCUCUUAAACUUCUUCACACUGUAAUUUCAAAACAUUGUAGAUAUUCUUUAAAACUAUUAAACAUUGAGUUGGAUGAAAAUGCAACAUGUUUUCCUAGACCAAAUUAUUUGAUGGAGGUUACUUAUAAUGAUGAUAUAAACUCUUUAAAUGGGCAUGGACCAACACCUAAACUUACAACUAUAA